CACGGGUUGCCUCGCAAUCUGGGUCUAGAGCCUCCGUUGUAUCACGAAUAUUGCAUUUUACCAUUACACUCUUUCAGACAAUAUUCCCUAUCUUGUGGCUUUCUUAUGGUCUGGUCGUUCGAUAACGUUCCUCCUCAACUAUCUGCUCACAUGGAGUGAAUACAUCGACUUAUCAUUCCAUCGGGCCAGUAUAACAGGCCUUAGGCAGUCCUAAAAGAAAUGCUACUUCUAUUCCUCGCCCACCGCACAUAAAUCGUAGAGCAGCCUCGUCCACGCCUUGUACUGCAAUCCUCUUCCUAAGCUCAGCAACAUGAAGAUACCAAGCUUCAAGUCACGACAAUUCCACCUGCGGCUCCCUGGAGAGUCGUCAGUCUGGAUCAACGAUGAUAUCCGACCGCUUCCUCCCUCCCGGCGCCUCUGGGACACCUGGGCGUACUUGUCAUUCUGGGCAAUCAACCAAAUCGCUCUGAGCAAUUGGCAACUGGGUGCUUCCUUGAUUGCCGUCGGCCUGUCGGUGUGGCAGACUAUGAUCGCGGUCAUCAUCGGCAAAAUCAUCAUGGCUGGAGUUGCAAUCUGCAAUGGUAUGGUCGGUGCGACCUGGCACAUUGGCUUCCCGGUCCUCUCGCGGGGGAUCUGGGGUGUCUGGGGUGCCUAUCUCAUAAUUGUCCAACGUAUUGUUCUGAGUCUGACUUGGUUCUGCGUACAAUCCUGGACCGGUGGUCUUUGCGUGUCUGCAGUACUCAGCUCGAUAUUCUCCUCCUUCCACCAUAUGAAGAACACACUACCCGAGUCUGCAAACACAACCACGAAGUUGUUGACUGGGUGGAUUGUAUACAACAUCAUAACUAUACCGAUGCUCUACAUCCCCCCUGAAAAGACGAGGCGUCUACUCUUCGUGAUGAACACCAUCUCGAUUGUCACACUCAUCUCGAUGAUGAUUUACGUCCUUUCUACAGCUCACGGAGGUGGCCCUCUCUUGUCGGCCCCUGCGCAGGCUCAAUCCGGCAGUCAACUAGGGUGGGCCAUCGUGCAGGGCAUAACGACGGUCAUUGGGGGUAUUGCUGUCGGGCUCACAAACCAAGCCGACUAUUCUCGAUUCGCUCGCAAGCCGGGCGAUCAGAUAUUUGGGCAGUGGUUCUCCAUUCUCACACUGGGCACAAUUCUGCCUCUGUUCGGCUGCCUCACAAGUUCAGCCUCCAUUCAACUCUACGGUCAAGCUUACUGGAAUCCACCUGACCUUCUCCUUCACUGGCUCGAUGCCGACUACAAUGCCAAGUCACGAGCUGCUGCCUUCUUUGGUGGCUGUGGGCUGGUGGUUUGCCAGUUGGCCAUCAACACGAUCGACAAUGCCUUUUCCGCUGGUAUGGAUCUGGCAGGUCUAUUCCCCAAGUUCUUCAACAUCAGGCGAGGAGCAUACUUGGCUUUGAUCAUCUCGAUUGCCAUGUGUCCAUGGGAGUUACUUGCGUCAGCUGGGACUUUUAUCAGUGUCAUGGGUGCCUACUCCGUGUUUCUCGGACCUAUGUGCGGCAUCCAGAUCUGCGAUUACUUCCUCAUCCGCUCGCGAAAGAUCAAGUUGACGGACCUGUAUACUCCUUCUCCGGCAGGUAUCUACUAUUACUUCCAUGGCGUCAACCCCCGCGCCUUUGUGGCAUGGGUUUGUGGGUGGGCUCCACAGCUGCCUGGAUUCAUUGCCAACGUCAAUAAAACCGUGGUUGUCCCGAAAGCGUGCAUGGAUAUGUUUUAUCUUGCAUUUCCAUUGGGCCUGGCAAUCAGUUUCACCCUCUAUUAUGGAUUGAAUAAGGUAUUCCCACCCAAAGGUCUCGGUGCAUACGACGACAUGGACUACUACAGUACUUUUACGAGUGAGGAAGCUUCCAAGCUUGGUGUAUCACUGCUGGAAGAGACGGAUUCCGAGGAGAAAGAAGGGCAGCUUAGCUAUCCUAGGGAUUCGAAAACUGUGGAUAAAGAGGUUACCACUGUAUGACGUGCGACGAUCAAGGGUGCUACCCGAUAAAGAUCUAUAGGCGUCUACGCGGAUAUCUUCAAUAUUACAUCCUCUUAUUUUAACACCGCAC